AUGGCCACUCAUCUGAAGAACAUCGACACACAGAUCAACCAGAUUUCCCAGACUGUGAGUACAAUUACGCAAUCGGGAAAAUUCCCUUCGAACACCAUCAUAAAUCCCAAAGAAUACAAAGUUGUGCAUCUAAGGAGUGGCACUGUUUAUGAAGCUCCCUCACUACCUGCGACCAUAUCUGAUACCGUUCUUGAGCCCAAGGCUGUCGUGGCAGAGAAGGAAAAGGAGGCUGAAAAGGAGAAUACUGGCACAACUUCUGGAGUAAAAGUGUCAUUCCCGCAGGUACUGAAUCAGAAGAAGAAGAAGAAAGAUGAGCAGUUUACUCGAUUUCUGGACAUCUUCAGAAAGGUGCAUGUGAACAUUCCUUUGAUCGAAGCACUGCAGCAGAUGCCUAAGUACGCUAAGUUUCUGAAGGAGGUGAUAGCCCAGAAGACCAGUUGGGGGCAGGUUGACACUAUUAAUCUAACUGAAAAUUGCAGUGCUCUGCUGCAAAGGAAACUGCCUGCCAAGCUGAAGGACCCUGGAAGUUUCACUGUCGACUGCCUCAUUGGGGGCUAUAAGGUGGAGAAUGCUCUCUGCGAUCUAGGCGCGAGCAUUAAUUUAAUGCCACUAUCAGUGUUCAAGCAACUGAACAUUGGUACUUUGAAGCCCACCUCAGCCACACUACAGAUGACAGACAGAUCUGUCGCAUAUCCAGAGGGCAUCAUGGAAGACCUACUGAUUAAGGUCGGGGAAUUUAUUUUUCCCGUCGACUUUAUGGUCUUGGACAUGGAAGAAGACAAGGGAGUCCCCCUACUGCUAGAACGUCCCUUCCUUGCCACUUCUAAGGCAAAUAUAAACGUGAAAAAUGGAGGUUAA